UUUCUGCCGUCAUUUCCUUUGGUGAUCGAAUGAAAUGCCUGCUUGAAAAAAGUGCGACGCAGUUGGCCACGUUUUUGAGAAGGAUAUUGUGUUCGCUUUUGGUCGUCUUCUGGUUCAACACAAUGUUUACAACCCGUGAUUGACGUUAUCAACCGUCGAAGCCUGAAAGAACCGUUGGAAAUAAACGUUUCCUGGGUUACGUCAGUUCAGCUCGUAUUUGUGACCCGCCAAAACACGCAGAAGUUCAGCGAGGAAGUGACCAUUUUGUGAGUUAUCUGUUUACGAUAACGUGACGUUGUGUUGAAGUUGUCCUUCUGCGAACCAAAAUGAGUGGAUUCAACUUUGGGCAAGCCUCCACUGGCUUUUCCUUCGGGACCCAGAAGCCCGCAGCCGCAGCCCCAGCCCCGGGCUUCGGCAUGGCCAGCUCCACACCCGCGGCUGCGGGAGGCGGCUUCUCCUUCGGCACUCCGACUCAGGCCGCCGCCAACCCCAACCCCAACCCGGCCGGCUCCUUUAGCUUUGGCACCCCAGCAGCGACCACAGCAGCCAGCGGAGGCUUUUCUUUCGGGAGCCCCGCCGCCUCAUUUGGAAUGGCUACUCCUCAACAAACCGCAGUAGCACCAGGGAUGAGUAUGGGUGCCGCACCAGGGAUGAGUAUGGGCGCCGCACAAGGGAUGAGUAUGGGUGCCGCACAAGGGAUGAGUAUGGGCGCCCCACAAGGGAUGAGUAUGGGCGCCCCACAAGGGAUGAGUAUGGGUGCCGCACAAGGGAUGAGUAUGGGCAACGCACAAGGGAUGAGUUUUGGCUCUGCACAAGGGAUGAGUAUGGGCUCCGCACAAGGGAUGAGUAUGGGCUCCGCAGCAGCUCCUCCAGCCGGGUCAGGGUUCACCCUGGGCACAGCUAUGUCUGCACAGACCACCGCCCCUGCAACAGGGGGCUUCUCCUUUGGGACUCCUGCUCAAACUCAACCUGCAGCUCAACCCCAACUUGCAGCAGCACCAACAGCUGCAGUAACAGCAACUACAGGAGCAGGGGGUCUCUCUUUUGGAGGGUUCAGCUUUGGAGCAAACAAGGUCCAGGCGACCGCAGCAGCCACCACUGCUGCCCCUAUCGCUGCCCCAGGAGGGGGCUUCAGCUUUGGUGCAGCUGCUCCAUCCAACCUCACUCUGGGUAUGCAGCCUCAGCCAGCCCCUACUGCUGCAGCCACAACCGGCCAGGGUGGAGGAUUUGCCUUUGGGAUUAAACCCUCUACCACCCCGGCUCCUCCUGCCUCCAUCCAGCCGACCCUAGCUACAGGCCCGUCUCUCUUUGCUUCCCCCAUCUCUGCAGCACCUGCGGCUGCUGCGGCUGCAGCUGCUGCUGCUGCUUCUGCCGCCGCCGCUACAACAGCGAGCCUUACAGGCUUCACUAUGGGUGUAGCUCCAACUUUAGCAGCAAGCACUGCGGCUGCAACAACCACAGCAGCUGGUGGAGCUCUGGCUUUCAUGCUCAAACCUCUUGGGGCAGCUACCAUCACCUCUGCCUCUGUCGCUGCCUCCACUGCUGCCGCUACAACAGGUGCUGUGACAGGCUUUUCACUGGGACUCAAACCUUCAACCGGCAUGAGCCUCGCCACAACAACUACAGCAACUGCAAUCCCUACAAUCACAGCUCCUCCAGUGAUGACCUAUGCCCAGCUGGAGGGUCUCAUUAACAAAUGGAGUCUUGAGCUGGAGGACCAAGAGAGACAUUUCUUACAGCAGGCUACUCAGGUGAACGCCUGGGACCGCAUGCUAGUGGAAAACGGGGAGAAGAUCACAUCCCUGCACAAGGAGAUGGAGAAGGUGAAGCUGGACCAGCGCAGGCUAAACCAGGAGCUGGAUUUCAUCCUGUCCCAACAGAAGGAGCUGGAGGACUUACUCUGCCCGCUGGAGGAGUCUGUGAAGGAGCAGAGCGGAACCAUCUACAUGCAGAACGCCGACGAGGAACGUGAAAGAACGUACAAGCUGGCCGAGAACGUGGACGCUCAGCUGAAGAGGAUGUCUCAGGACCUGAAGGAGAUCAUCGAGCACCUGAACACAUCCAGUGGCCCGGCAGACACCAGUGACCCGCUUCAGCAGAUCUGUAAGAUUCUCAACACCCACAUGGAUUCACUGCAGUGGAUCGAUCAGAACUCGGUUCUUCUGCAGAGAAGAGUGGAGGAAGUGUCCAAAUCGUGUGACAACCAGCGCAAAGAGCAGGAGAAAAGCUUUCGUUUAACAUUUGACUGAACUGGAAUCAACAUGUAUAUUGGUAUAAUCAUAGUUUUCCUACAGUUGUCCAAAGAGGGAACUCUCCUUAGGGGUUAAGAUCUUUUUGAUGCAAAACAUUCAUCACAAUUCCUGUUUCCUUUAUUCCUCAGCUCUUUUGAGUCAUUUGGUUGCAUAAAUAUAAUUAUUUUCAAUGCAAUAGUUUUUGUAUAGGGUGGAAAGAAUAACGAUUUGUUUCAAUGUAAAUGCAAUGGUUGUUAUAAAAAGUAAGAUUAAAUAAAUCUUUGGAUUAAGGUGGUGUUUUCUUGGUUGGAAAAUAAACAUAAGUGACAUUUCUGUCCUUGUAAUAUUU